AUGUUACACCAAGCCUGGCAGCUCUACGGGAGGUGUUGCCGUUGGUCCAGUCCUUUUAUCCAUCUCCUCACACUGACUGUGGUGACAUUUGGCGUGCUCGCCCCUUUGAUUUGCCACCGGCUCCUCCACUCUUACUUCUAUUUGCGGCGCUGGCACCUGAACCCCAUGAGCCAGGAGUUCCUGGAGCAGAACCAGCAGGAGGGCCAAGCUGCCCUCCAUUACUUCGAGAAGCUGCAGGUACCAAACACCUCCGAGGCCUCUGGCAGUGAUGCCUUCCAGCCCUUGCUGCUGGUCACCAUUAUCACUGUGCAGAGGCGGAAUGAUUUCCACUAUGUCUUGCAAGUGGCCUCCCGCUUCCACCGCCUCCUCCAGAAAUGUGGUGCACGUUGCCGGAGCCACCGCAUCCUCCUCUGUAAUGUGGAGUCAGACCCCAGAAGCCAUCAGGAUGUCAAGCUGCUGAGCAGCUUCUUUCCUAUGGUCAGUCGUGACAAAACUGGGGAGAGCCCUGACCCCAGAGUGAACCAGUUUGAGAAGGAGAAGCAGGACUAUGUCUUCUGCCUCGAGCAGUCGCUGUUGGCAUACAACCCAGAGUACAUCCUCAUAGUGGAAGAUGAUGCUGUGCCGGAGGAGGAGAUAUUCGCUGUCUUGCAACACCUCCUGUUGGCCCGGUUCUCCAAACCAUACCUCAGAGACGCACUCUACUUCAAGCUCUACCAUCCCGAGAGGCUUCAGCGCUACUUCAACCCCGAACCCAUGAGGAUCCUCGAGUGGCUGGGUCUAGGCAUGUUCCUGGGGCCCGUGCUGAACUGGGUGUACUCCUGGGCAACUGGGCGCCCCAGCCUCACUUGGCCCGUUGUCUUGUUCUUUGCUUUGUACAGCAUGGCCCUGUCAGAGCUGGUGGGACGGCAUUACAUGCUGGAGCUGCGCCGGCUGGCCCCCACGCUGUAUAACAUCGUGCCAGUCACCGAGUGCUGCACGCCUGCCAUGCUCUUCUCCGCUCCUUCUGCCCGCCGUGCCUUAGGUUACCUGAAGGGGCUGCAGUGCCGCCAGGGUUUUGCUAAGGAUAUUGCCCUCUACUCGCUGCUGCAUGCGAAGAGGGAGAACGCCUACGUGGUGGAACCCAACCUGGUCCGGCACGUGGGAAUGUAUUCCAGCCUUCGGCUAAACGAUAACCCGAAACUGCUGUGA